AUGGCCUUCGUUGCUGAAGCACAUGUUCUGAGCGCCCAGCAGCCCUUAGAUCCCUUCUUAGAUCCCGCUCAGAGCGGGGAAGACGCAGCAUAUGGUCAUAAAUCAUGGCUGCACGACCAAGACGUGAAUUACGCAAGGUCGACAUGGAAUAUCCGGACCCCUAAAGAUGAUCCUCAGCAGCCUAUUAGAGAGCCUGACUCCUAUAAUUCGACCUUGCUACCGUUGAAAUUCGAGCCUCUUCCCUUGGGUGCGGUGCGGCCGCUGGGAUGGCUUCGUCAACAGACAGAAUUGAUGGCGAGUGGUCUACCGGGCCAUUUGCAUGAAUUUUAUCGCCUAGUUAAGGAUGCUCCUUGGCUGGGAGGAGAUCAAGAGUAUUCCUGGCUGAACGAAGCGUGGCCGUACUCCUACAACGCCCUCGUUCCAUUGGCGUGGAUUACCGACAACGCACGACUCAAGCAUCAUAUUCUUCGUGUCACGGAUUGGGUCAUCAGCCACCAACAGUCAGAUGGCUGGCUGGGACCAGAAGAAGAUCUUUCUCGUCGAAACUUUUGGGCCCGGUAUCCUCUCUUUCUAGGAUUCAUUCAGCUGGUGGAAGCCGAACCGGAACUCGGAGAGACUAUGAUCCUACCUGCGAUGCACCGCUUUGUGAGUCUAAUGCACGAUAUGCUCGCGGACCACCACCAAGGUUAUGUCUGGAAACCCGGUGAUCAAUUCGAUGAGCAGUGGGGCCGGUCCCGUGCUGCGGACAUGGUCCUCGCCCUGCAAUGGCUCUACGAGAAAUAUCCCAUGGGAAAUGAAAAGAAAAUUCAUCACUGCAUGGUGCACAUGUACGAAAUGGCGUACGAUUGGUCAUAUUGGUUUCAUGAAGACCAUUUCCUGAAAGACGACCUCGAUCUCUUCCCGAUCGAACUGACUCGCAGCUUGUUCCCUUAUAUCCACGGUGUCAAUGCGGGCCAGGGACUCAAAUGGGGCGCAGUGAUGCGAAGGCUGGUUCAUGACGAUUCUUUGCUUAAUACCACCAGAAACGGGGUGAACUGGACUUUCCAGUACCAUGGAACCCCAUCCGGGGCUGUUAUCGGCGAUGAACGUGAAGCCGGUCUCAGUCCCGUCCGAGGCACCGAACUUUGCAGUGUGGUGGAGUCCAUGUUCUCUUUGAACUAUCUCUACCAGGCUGUGGGAGAUCGUGACUUUGCCGACAAGUCCGAAUUGGCCGCUUACAAUGCUCUGCCGGUCAUGUUGAUGCCUCACUGGUGGGCUCAUCAAUACGUCGCCCAGACAAAUCAACCCAUCAGUCAUCGCUUGGACCGGUCGCCUUUCUGGAAUGUCGGGCCCUGGGGUCAAACGUUCGGCACAGAACCAAAUUUCCCAUGCUGCACCGUUAAUAUGCAAGGGUAUUCCAAGUUUGUCCCGGCAAUGUUUGUCAAGGUCGGAGAAGACGGACUGGCACAUGCUCUACUUGGACCAUCCCACGUCAGCGCCACUUUGAUGAAGCGCAAUAGUGUACGAAUUCGAUGUGAAACGAACUAUCCAUUUACGACCUAUCUCAACUACGAGAUCAAGGCCAGGUCGGCUUUCCGCUUUUCGUUCCGGGUACCUUCCUGGGCCGUACUGGAUGAGAGUGGAGUGUGGGUUGAUUCCGGAAAAGGACAUCAUCUGAACCCGGAUAAUGCCACCGGGUUGCAUACCAUGAUAAUUCCAGCUGGACGAACCCGCGUGGAGGUUUGGUUUGGUACCCGACUGCGCAUCGAGCCCCGGGCUAAUGAUACCGUGUCGAUAUAUCAUGGGGCUUUACUAUAUGCACUACCGGUUGCAGGAGAAUACGAAGCCUCUCGACCGGCCGGAUAUCCCGGAACAACCGCUCCGCCUGAAGCCAACGACUGGGAAAUUUUCCCCCGAGACCCCUGGAACGUGGCCAUUGACAUAUCAACGCUGAAGUUCUUCGAAUAUCCAAAUCGCUACGCCGAGUGGUUACCAAAUCCAAUCUGGAACGAAGAAGCACCCCCGGUCAGCAUUUCAGGCUUGGCCUGUGCUAUUGACUGGGGGUUCGAAGAUGGAUUUGCACCAAAUCCGCCACUGAUAGGACAACGGAAUUGUACAGGAAGAGCAUUCCCAGUAGAGUUACGCCCGCAUGGCAGUGCCAAACUGCAUAUGGCUGAGCUACCCACGGUGAACUUGAAACCUGGUAGUCCUGACUUGUGGCGACCUGAUCAGGAUGAGCCAGAGGAUUCAGAAUCGGGUCAUCAAGGGGAACUGUGA